GACAACCCCCAGAGAUUUGAUUUCGUCGUCAGUGUUCUGGGAUCUGAGUACUUCACAACUGGCUGUCACUACUGGGAGGACCAGGACAUGGAUAUUUUCCCCCUGUACUGGCGAUUGAACCCAGGAUCUUAAGCAUGCUAGGCAAGCAUUCCAUCAUUUAAGCCACACCCAAACCCUUUUGUUUUCGAGAAGGCCUCACUACCUUUUUGCCUGGGCUCUCUAUCCUCCUGCCUCCUCCUCCUGAGUAGUUAGAAUUACAGGCAUGUGCCACCAUGCCUGAUUUGUUUUUAACAAUUGUUAUAGUAGCCACCAUUUGCUGAAGAACUAGUAUGUUUCACAUUCUUUGUUGAAUGUAUUAUAGGUACUUUCUCUAAUACAGAGUCCUACAGUGUAGGCAGGUUUCACAACUUUGAUGAACUUUGGUGAUGAGUGAGUUGAGGCUCAAAGUGGGAGUGGCUGAAUAAUCGGGCAAGGAGUAGUUGCAGAAUUAUAAAGAUCAUCUAUAUCACAAUUGGAAUCCUACCCUAAAUUUAGUCAUGGUCCCUUUGACUUUUUCCCCCCAAAUGCUUGCUGAACAAGAAGGAAUCACUAAUCUUUCAUUGUCUGUCAUCAUUGUUCUAUCAUAGUCAGUACUUCCUUCGCUCAUCUCUUUGUUCCUGUCAUUCUAGACAGCAUCCUUACCAGCUCACUCUGCUUUUUAUUGUUUAAGGCCCAGAGAAAAUGCUACUACUUUUGGCUUCUCAGAAGUACUUUUUCUUUCUUCCUUUCCUGUCCUUGGCUAUAGGAACCAAAGAGGCCUGUGCCUCUUAACAAUCAUUCACUGAUUGUUAAGCCAGUUAUACUGAUUGUAUAAGCCAGCCCAUUGCUGGGUACCUAUGAGUUUACUUGUGUGGUGGUGGUGGUGGGAGAGGUGAGGAGUGUGGUUUGUGUAUCAGUGUGUAAUCUCUGUGUAGAUGUCAUGAGAGUGUGACUGUGUAUGGUAUGAAAGUAUGGUUUUAUGUAUGGUAUGUGAAUAUGUAGCUAUAUGUGUUGUAUGUACCUAUAUAUGUGGGAAGGCUGUAUGGUAUAUGUGGUAUGUAUGCAUGUGGUUGUGCAUAUGUGGCUGUGUGUGGUAUGAAUGUGCAUGUGGUUUGUAUGGUGUGUGUAUGGCUGUGUGUGACUGUGUGGUAUGAGAGCAUGACAGUGUGUUUAACAUAUGUGAGUAUGGCUUUGUCAUGUAAGAAUGUGGCUCUGUGUGGUAUGUCUACAUGAGACCAUGUAUGUGUAUGUGUGUGUGUGUUUGUGUGUGUGUGUGUGAGAUGUUUAAGAGUAGUGGAAGUGGACACUGACCAAUCAGAACAGAUACAACUCAGACCUGUAGUAGGUCUUGGAGGUCUAGAUAUUAACCCUUCAGUUGCUAGAUUUUGGUGAGGUGUGGAGAAGGUUGGGAUGACAGAACAGUUAAAAAUGUUCAGAGUUGGGUCUUGUAAGCUAGGAGAUCCUUAGACACUGUUGUGAUCAUUUUGAAAGCAGCAAACAGACUCUUUUAAGGAAGAUUUUCUUUUUAAAGAUGAAACAAAAAUUUUAGUUAACUUACAGUUAGGCAGAGAAAUCGAAUUCAUCACCAAAUGAAAGCUACUUUACUUAUAAAUUAUAAUUUAUACUGUCAUUGUUUAGUUGUUUUAAGAAGAGUGACAUUAUUCAAAUUACACAGGUACAGUCUGUUAGUGGUGGGCAAAGCUGGUGUCUUCUUUUUGUGCUGGGUGUAGCUUUAAAUUCCUGUGAAACUUUGUCAUUUGAAAGUUAGUAAAUAAAGGCUUUCUAUACAACUUUUCCAGUUAAUUGAGAUUAUUCCUGACAGAUUGUUCCAUGGGGAAGGUGUAUACUCCUUUAGCCAGAAUGAAAGAUUUCCUGUGGUCCAGUCUGACCCAAGGAUUAUAAAGGUGUUGAACAUUUGUGUUCAUUCUCAGGACUCAGAGAUGGGCAGUGAGAAGGAGCAGAGUCCAGAACCAUACCUGCAUGAGGAAGGGGAAGGGGGUAAGCCUUGGAGAGUGGAUGGCUCAGAGGGUUCUCAGAUCCUGCCUGGGAAGGAGUAUGGGCAGGAGAGCCUGUCGAAGGGGCCACAAGGAACACAUCAAAAAAAGCCAUGGCAGAAAGUCACUGCUCCAGCUGUGGGGCCAAGGGACCCCAUUGCUUAUUCAAGGCCCAGGACAGAUGAGAAGCCCUUUGUAUGUGCCCAGUGUGGCAAAACCUUCAACAAUACCUCUAACCUGAGAACACACCAGCGGAUCCACACUGGUGAGAAGCCAUACAAGUGUUCUGAAUGUGGCAAGAGCUUCUCAAGAAGUUCUAACCGCAUCCGACAUGAGCGGAUCCACCUGGAAGAGAAGCACUACAAAUGCCCCAAGUGUCAAGAGAGCUUUAGGCGGCGCUCAGACCUCACCACACACCAGCAAGAUCACCUGGGCAAGCGACCAUACCGCUGUGACAUCUGUGGCAAGAGCUUUAGCCAGAGUGCCACACUGGCUGUGCAUCACCGGACCCACCUGGAGCCAGCACCCUACAUAUGCUGUGAGUGUGGAAAGAGCUUCAGCAACAGUUCUAGCUUUGGGGUGCACCACCGCACUCAUACAGGAGAAAGGCCUUAUGAGUGCACUGAAUGUGGGCGGACUUUCAGUGAUAUCUCCAACUUUGGGGCACAUCAGAGGACCCACAGAGGGGAGAAGCCCUACCGGUGCACUCUGUGUGGGAAACACUUCUCACGCAGCUCGAACCUUAUCCGCCAUCAGAAAACACACUUGGGCGAGCAGACUGGGAAAGAUUCCAGCUAAAGAGGAACUCCGCUUAGCGAGUAAGGGAGAAAGAGUGCAACUCCUCACCCUAGUGGAGGAAGAAGGCUUUAGGAUCUGCCGUUGCCAACUUGACUGCAAACCCUUCAUCCCACUUAGAUUACCUGUUGCCUCUGAAGCCAGGCUCUCCAAGAGGUCCUGAGAAGGGACUCUGAGUAAAAAUCCUUGCCUCCUCCCAGGAAGUUUAUUGCCUUGGAAAGUCAAGAGGACCCAAUCUUGACUUCAUCCCCUUGAGGGUAAAAGAAAGAAGGGUGGAUUCAGAGCAUGAUUGUUUCCUUGGGGCAGCAGUCCACUAGCCUCUGAGGAAGUGCCUGUGAGCUGGUGUCACUGUCUAAAGAACCUCCAAAUUGUCUAUGAACUGCUUAGGGCACACUGUAGUGGCCUGCUAGUUCCACAUGCUGUGCCCCAACCCAAGUCAACUUCUAGAGCUCUAGGCUGGGAGGAAUGGCUCAUUUAAUGGAAGGGCCUCUUUGGUCUGAGAAGAGGUUUGAGGUCCUGCCUUAGGAAUGAAAGGGAAGCCCUCAGGGAUCCACGAUCCAGGGACCUUCAUUCUCCCCCAUGUUUGUUACCCUACCCCAACCUCAUUGUUUCCCCAGAGUGAUUACCAGUAAAACCCUUCAAUGAAAAGGACCUGUGUACUUAUUUGGGGAAAUGGGGAGAUGAUUCUAGUACAGCCAUUCUGAAAGGGAGUUGAAUUUCAAGAAAGACUGAUGGCUGCUCUGAAAAGCAAAGGAAGGUAGGCUGAGUCUGUGGAGUCUUUUAGUAGGUGAGGGAAAGGAAAGGAAGUAACAUUGAGUAUUUACUAUAUGCUGUCAGUUCUACUGGUUACAUUUCAUUCUUCAACUCAUUUAGUUGUCGCAGCAGCCUUUAAGGGUAUAAGAUGAGGAAACAAGUGAGGAGGGUGAAGUCACACAGCAGGCAUGAUAUGGAGCCAGUUUAAACUUGGGUCUCUGUGGCUCCCAGCUGAUAUUCUUUUUGCUAUAUUCAUGUUGUUGACCCGGAAGAAAGAGGAGCCACUUAGGAGGUUAGCCUGGAGAAAGGAGCCAGUGUGGCAUUUUCUUUUAUUGGAGGGCGG